UUGCGUGAGUUCUUUUUUCUUUUUGGGUUUUGUUACAAACCGUCCGCAAACAACUUUCAUUUCAGACCAGCCUGCAUUGCCGGAGUGGGAUUCGUUGCUGGAGCCUUCUUCGCCCUCUGCUUUCAGUGCCGUUGA